AGCCAAGAAGCUUCGGAAGAAGAGGUAGAUAGACAACAGAGCGGAAAGCGGUGGUGCGAUCGCUGUUUGGGUUCCAAGAAUAAAAAUGAAAUUGGAAACCGAAAACCUCUUAAAUCACACAAACAUACGGUACCAAGUUAACAUUAAAAUACGUGCUUUGUGAGAGUUAAGAGAAUAAAAAUGUUCUAUUAAUCUGCCUUUCGAUCUGAAAGGCGGGAAAACAUUUCGGUUCGCGGUCUCUCCUCCACAUUUUCGCAGUCUCCUCUUUUAUCCGAUCUGAAUCUCUGUCUUUUCUCGCCGUCCAACUGGUGCGGAGCUUAACGGAUUCAAGAGGACGAUAAGGAGUAUUGAUUAGAUAAGACUCAGAAGUCCCAAACAUAUCAGAAUUUGCAACUAUCUUUUAUUUUGAAAGGCAAAACUAUUUUGUCAUUAUCAUCACCAUCUCCUAAUUCUAUUGACCAUUGGUGAUGCACAUGGGUGCUGCUUCUCCCGUGAAAGAAAGUGAUGACAAACAGAAAAUUUCAAGUCCUGAAGAAAGUAAAUUGGGACAGAAUGUUCAACUUGAUUCUGGAAACAUACAAAGUGAACCAAAAGAGCCUAUGGCUGGGGGAUCUGAUGUUGCCGAUACUGAAAAACUUGAACCUGAAUCUAAGGUUGUGACCAAGAAUUCUAGCAGGUCUGCUUACAAGAAAAACAAGGUUUCGUCAAAAUCAAUAAAAAGAAAAUAUAUGUUAAGAUCUUCAACAAGUAGUACCAGAGUUCUUCGGUCAAUGUCACGUGGCACUUCUAAACCUCCUGUUCCCAGUAGCAAUAUGGGGAAUGCUACCACUGAAAGUGGAAAGAAGAGAAAGAGGAAGAAAAAAGUAAGCAAAACAUUGAAUGAUGAAUUCUCAACAAUUAGGAAACGUAUAAGGUAUCUGUUGACUCGAAUGAAUUAUGAGCAAAGUCUGAUAGAUGCUUAUUCUGGUGAAGGCUGGAAAGGAAACAGCCUAGAAAAAAUUAAGCCAGAGAAGGAACUUCAACGUGCCACAGCUGAAAUUUUACGUUGCAAACUGAGAAUACGUGAAUUAUUUCAGCACCUUAGUUCUUUAUGUUCUGUAGGAAGGCUUCAGGAGUCUUUGUUUGAUUCUGAAGGACAAAUCUACAGUGAGGAUAUAUUCUGUGCCAAAUGUGGGUCUAAAGACUUGUCUACUGAUAAUGAUAUUAUACUCUGCGAUGGAAUUUGCGAUCGUGGGUUUCAUCAGAUGUGUUUGGAACCUCCAUUGUCAAAAGAAGAAAUUCCUCCUGGAGAUGAGGGCUGGCUGUGCCCCGGAUGUGAUUGCAAAGUGGAUUGCAUUGAAUUACUAAAUGAGCUUCGAGGAUUGGAUCUCUCUAUUAAUGACAAUUGGGAGAAGAUAUUUCCUGAGGCAGCAGCAGCAGCAGCAGCCGGAGAUAACCAAGAUGGUGACUUUGGAUUUCCUUCAGAUGACUCUGAGGAUUAUGAUUAUGACCCAAAUGGUCCUCAAGUUGAUGAUGAGAAGGUUCAGACUGAUGAUUCAAGUUCUGAGGAGUCUGACUUCACCUCUGCAUCAGAUGACUCAGGUCCUCCACCCAAUGAUGAUCUGUAUCUGGGACUUCCUUCUGACGAUUCAGAGGAUAAUGAUUAUGAUCCUACUGCUCGAGAUCCUGAUGAACAUGCCAAUCGGGAAUCAUCUAAUUCUGAUUUUACAUCUGACUCUGAGGACUUUAGUGCUUUAAGUGAUCAUAACAUACCUAUGGUCACAGAUGAAAUUCCUGUGUCCUCAUCAGUGGAUGGUACUAAACCUCUCACAGGAUCAAGUGAAAGAUCUAAAAUGGAUAGAAAGAGGAAAACACCUAUACAUAGUGAGCUCCUGUCCAAAUUGCAGCCAGAUGAAGAAAAUGCUUUGCCUGUAUCAGGGAAAAGGCAUCGUGAACUGUUGGACUACAAAAAACUGCAUGAUGAGACAUACGGAAACCUUCCUUCUGAUUCAAGUGAUGAUGAAGACUGGACUGCAACAGAUGCACCAAGUAAAGGAAACAAUUGUGCUGUCAAAAGUACAUCUGUAUCACCAAAUGGAAAUUUGCCAACCAUUAAUAAUGGGAUAACUACCAAAGGUGAAAGGCAGAAUUUGGAAGUGACAAAUAAUACUCCAAAGGAAACUCACCAGAUACCUGAAUUAGGAGAUGCGAGCCAUACAGCAGAUAAAACAAAUGAAGAUGAUCAAGAGCCUUGUUCCAUUGAAAAGACAUCUACCACGCCAAAACAUAGAAGUCUUGGAAAAGCUGUAACUCAGAAACUCUACGAGGCCUUUAGGCGAAACCGGUAUCCAGACAGAGCAACAAAGGAGAAUCUUGUAAAAGAAUUAGGAAUCACUUUGCGGCAGGUUAGCAAGUGGUUUGAGAAUGCUCGUAGGAGUUUGCGUCUAUCAGCAAAUGAAGCUGAACCAACUUCUGCAAACAAAGUUUCAGCUUUGGCCCCAGAAAAUGGGAAAGUUCUUGAGCCUGAACCCAAAAUGCCUUCUAAAGACGAUGCCACCAAUGAUGGUAUGGAUAGAGAGUCAAGUAAAGAAGGCCAUACUGAGGCUGUUGCAAUGGAAUGCUUGAGUGGGAAGGAGGAGAAAAAGGAUUUGGAAACUGGGGAAAGCAGCCAACAGAAAUUGGCAGCUCCCAAUUCCAGAAAGGCUCAUUUGGAUGAUCAAACACCAAUUGAGACAUUAAAUAGUGGGGAGACUCCAAUGGAGGCACAGAAAGGUCAAGCGACCCAGAAAAAUGACCUAAAUGCAAAUCAGCAAGGGACUCUAUCUGGAAUACGGACUAGGAGUAGAAAGACUGCCUGAUGACGUCAUUGUGGAACUUAUCCUUAACCAUUGGUAACCCCUUGAUUCACUCUGAAGCAGCCUCCUAGGAGGGCAAAACAUGGGACUAGUUCACAUUUGUGCAGCAUUGCUCUCUUUGGAUUCACUGCCGGAGAGGCAGGCCUGCAGCACAAAGUGCAUGCUACUACUUUGGAUCUCCUUGCCAAAAGGGAAGGGGGAGGGGGGAUUUGUAUUGAUCUCUUUUUCUGGCAACAUUGUAUUGGUCUCAAUGUUGUAUAAUUGGGAAAAAGUUCCCUUUUGCUUUAAACAUAUACCCUGAUUUUGGAAUUUCCCAUUACCGAACCAGAUGUCCAGUUAUACUGGCUCAUGAUGGACUCUAGAGCCAUUCUGCUUAAAGCAUAUAAAUCCGUGCCCAUGUCCUGCCUGCAUGUGUUUCUCAUGCUUACAUUUUCUCCAUCCCUAGUCCCCACGUUGAAUCUGUGUCUUUUCAACCAAGGGUCGAUUACACGAUUAUACUCCCCUUGAUUAUGAAGGGCCUAUUUGUCAAUUAAUUUUAAUUAACCACCUGGAGAUGAUGGUACGUGUGGUCUGUUUGUUAGCAAGUUAACAUUACACUAUGACAUCUUGUUGAUGGCCAAGUGUUUUUUUUUUUCUUUCUUUCUUUCUUUCUUUUUUUCGUAGGUAGAUGGCCAAGUGUGUUAGCGCCCGCAUAUAUGCGUCCAGGAAGCAGCAAGGGACCAAGGGGCAAGGGCGUCUCAAUUCACUCUUUUUUAUGAAUGCUCCUUGGGGCAAGGCUAUGUUUGAUUUGAUAGAAUGUAAGCGAGAAGAAUAAAUCUUGCAAGCUGCAAAUUAAUUUAGAGAUCAAAGUGUGCAGCCCAAAAAAUUAUUAUCUUUUA